AUGAAGUACCUCACCCUUUUGCCUCUUGCAGGCCUCGCCAUCGCAGCCCCGGGCUCUUGGGUUGACGAGCCAGUCAAGGAGACUACUACCUCGACCACCACAACCACCACCGCUGCCACCUGGGCCGACACCGAAAUCCCAGUUACCGUCACCGAGACCACCUCCGCGACUGGCACCUACUGCCCGAAGAGCGGCAAGUACACCUACCCUGCCCCAGGCAACGAUGUCGCCAAGUGCACGGUCACAGUCAAGGAGGUCACCGUGACCAAGGCCACCGCUACCGUCACCGUCACCAAGACCGAGAGCUCCAAGCCCACUGGCACUGGCAAGAAAUGCCUGUCCGACAAGGAGGCUGAGAAGAUCGUCGACAACUUCCGUGACCUUCUCGAAUACACCAGCUUCCAGCCCACCGCGGAGCGACCAGGUCUGCCAGGCCGCGGCUACCACUUCAACGUCUCCGCCGCCACCCUCGCGCCAGACUUCACCGCUUUCGACUACGGUCAGGGUGUUCUCCAGCCUGAGGUCAAGACCGAGACCCUCAACAUCUUCCACGAGUGCAACACCAUUGUCUGGCGCUGGAAGAUCACCCCCAUCACCCAGACUCCUGCUUACCCCGUCGUUGGCAUCAACUACAUGAUCAUCAACGACAAGGGUCUCAUCCAGAAGAACUACGCUGAGUUCGACAAUGGUGCCUGGAUCUCCAGCUUCGGUCCCCAGGCCAAGUGCGGUCAGGCGCCGAUCUCGGUCGUGCCAGGCAAGUUUGCUACCAAGCACUAA